CGUCACUAAGGUUAACAAUUUGUACCUAUUCAAUUAUAUUUUUGCGAUCUUAGCUUUAUCUUGAAAGCAUCAUUGCAUUUAUACAUCUUGCGGGAAUAUCAUUGAACAAACUAAAAAUUUCGAAUUUGUAUCGAUUGUAAAAAAUGGCCGGAACAUGCGUUGCCACCGUUAAAUUUGUUGGUGUUUCAUCCUUAGGAUUGUUAACUGCCUCAUUAAGUUAUCAAGCAUUUGAAGCAAUCCCAGCCUUGAUCAACGAAUUAAAUAUUCACUUGACCAGCUUGCUGCAAUCCAAUUUGCUUGACCAGGCUGCUUACUUGAUCCAAAGCACUCGUCUUGCCUCCUUAUCCUUGGGUACUUUGGCUUCCACCCUUCUUUCCUUAGCAUUUGUGGUAUCUCCACCAAGAGGUAAACACCCUUACUUGAUCUAUGCAUCUUUAGGUGCUCCAUUGGCAAUUGCUUCUGCGUUCUAUCAGUCAUAUUCUCAUGAAUCUAGACUUUUAGCCAAGUCAAAGGCAGCAAAGAAAUCUGGUUUACGUGAUCAAAUGUUACCUGUGGAAGAAACUCCUUCCGCUACCACUACUACUGAAUUACCAGAAGAAGAUAACUUGGGUAAAUCAUACAUCCAUGUUUCUGACGAUUCUUCUCAUGAAGAGUUUGAAGAAGGGUCUUCUUCUAGUUCCACUCCUUCAGAAUCUGAAGCUCCAGUGGUUGCCUCAGUGGAUAAAUUGCAACAGGCUUUAUCGAUUGAAGAAGAAGUUGAUAUUGCUCUUUCAAAGAAAGAAUUCACUUCAGAUUUGGAAAAGGUUCAAUUUGGUUAUUAUCUCGGUUCUGCUAUUACUGGUCUCGGAUUUGCAAUUGCCACAGUUGGUUUAAUUGGUGACUACUAUUUAUUGUAAACAGACGCGGGGAGGCAGUUUGGGAAACACUGAGUAUAUCAUUAUACUAUGAAAUAUGAUAUUGCUCGAUGAAUAAUAUUAUUAUUAUUCAUGCUACUCAAUUUGUCUUGAAUGAUAACUAUUCUACCACAUUUUUUUUAAUAUGAUUUCUCUAUUUGUUUUUUGUUAGUAUCUGAUAUGCGAAGUCUGGGUUUACGGGGGGUUAUUUGUUUUGUCUUUCAAUAUAAAUUAUUGGGACAGGUAUGGGAAAGAGUUAUAAGUAUGAAAAUAGUCUUUUAUUACGUUGCAAACGAAAUUUUGGCAGAACUAAGACUCUUACAAUGUUCUAGGCUCUACAGUUAUAGUUUAGUCAAUAUACUGUUCAAUAA